CGGGCGGGUCCAUCGCGCUCAGUCCGAUCCGAAUCCCUUCCGCGACGACCUCAGACCAUGGAACUCGUAGUGGCCGUGUGCUUUCUGAUCAUGUGGCACGUCGCGAGGGCGUCUAACUCGACCGAAUGCCCGGCCCUGGAAGGUCCCCUGGAUCACCUCACCCAAGACGAGUUGCUGUCGAAGCUGACAGCCGCCUGCCGGUACGACCGGCUCGUCAAACCGCCCACCGAAGACCCGCUGAGAGUCGAACUCCAAAUCAACAUCAAGUACAUCGAGUCCGUCGACAAUCUACAAUUCAAGGCCCACGUGCUCGUCCAGAUCCGCUUCAGGGAUGAGCGAUUGCGAUACGACCGUCUCUCGCCCAACAGGGCUAACCUCAUCGGGCAGGAGACACUGCGCAAGAAGAUCUGGGUACCGCACUUAGUCGUCAAGAACGAGAAAAACUCUAACCUGAUGGGUCUCGACAAGAGCGACAUGUCCGUGAUCAUCUCGCCGAGAGGAGAAAUAUUUUACACGUACAGGAUGACGACCACGUUCUACUGCUGGAUGAACCUGCGCAAGUUCCCGUUCGACGUCCAGGUGUGCGAGAUCGAGUGGAUCAGCUGGUCGUACAACGAGAGCCACGUAGACCUAUCCUGGACGAAAAAGGACCCGUACUUCAUUUCGGACAACCUGCACCUCACGGAAUUCUCGAUGGACGAAAAAUGGAUCACUAGGGGUUCAGUGCGAUCCCCAGUAUCGGAGUCCGAGGGCAGCAGCUCGAGCGCGCUAGUCUUCCACUUCCGUUUGCGAAGAGAGUCCGGUUACUAUAUCCUCGAGUACUACUUGCCGUCGGUCCUGCUGGUCAUUAUGUCGUGGGUGUCGUUUUGGAUACAGGCCGACGCGGCCCCCGCGAGGGUCACCCUCGGAACUGCCACGAUGCUGUCGCUCAUCUCGCUCAACGGCAACGUCUCGAAGAACCUGCCCAAGGUGUCGUACGUCAAGGCGAGCGAGGUUUGGUUCUUCGGCGGCUCGGCGUUCAUAUUCUGCUCGCUGGCCGAGUUCGCCUUCGUCAACGUCAUCUGGAGAAGGAGGAAAAAAGUGGAGCUGAUCAAACAGAGCAGCAAGAAUAUCCUGAAGGGGGCGCUGUCGCCGAGGCUGGCUCGCAAAGACCUAAGAAAAUCCGAGUCGUUCUCGAGCCUGGACAGCAAACACAGUCCCGUGGGACAAGGUUCGUCGACGUCGUUGCACGUGCCGGGAGCCCAUCCCGAGGAGUCGGGACCUCCGACCCCCGCGUGGACGGAGAUGACGCCUCACGAGAUCGCGAUCUGGAUCGACCGGCGUUCCCGGGUAGUCUUCCCGGCCGCGUUCCUCGUCUGCAACCUGAUAUACUGGUCGCUGAUUUGCAUCUUGUAAAUAACGGUAGAGUUGCGCAAUAAAAACUUUA